UCCUUGUUUCACACUGUCCUGCAGUUUCUGUCCUGCAGAAACAUAUUUAUUGCGCGUUGAGGACUCAGUCACGCACAUGUAAAAAAAAUGAAGUCCACGUUUUUGUUCUUUUUCAUCAUUUGGUUUGCAGAUGCAGAGCUAAAACCCCGGAAAGGGUCCGGGGUGGUGUGUACUUUCAAAGACAAGACUUACAGCCCGGGAGACAGCUGGCAUCCCUAUCUGGAGCCUUUCGGAUUUAUGUUCUGCAUGCGCUGUGUCUGCACAGAGACAGGCCAUGUGAAAUGUAACACAAUCAAGUGUCCCUCUCUGCCGUGUGAAAACCCAGUGGCUGAGCCUCAGCAGUGUUGCCCGAGAUGCACAGAUGAGCCCAAGGUCCCCGCAGGGCUGAGAGCUUCUGUGAAAUCCUGCAGAUAUAAUGGAAGUAUUUAUCAGCCGGGGGAGACCUUCACUAAGCAUGACCUCUUCCCAUCCAAGCAAAGCAAUCAGUGUGCUAUGUGCACAUGUUCUAAUGGAGACAUCUUCUGCGCUCUGAAAACAUGCCAACCAAUCACCUGCUCCUCACCAGUUUCAGUUGCAGAUACCUGCUGUUUGGUGUGUAAAGAUAAUAGCACCAGUGGCUCCUCAUCAACUGAGGAUGGAAACCUACAACUUAACAGAGGCGUUAGGCAUUCAGUCGACCAGUGUUCUGGAGAGCAGAGCAGGGCGCAGCCUGACCAUGCCACCCCAUCCAGGGUCAGGACUUCUCUCAGAGGCCUGAGUCUCAGUAAACUUAACCUCAAAGGGGCUUCAGAGACCACUGUUAAGAUUUUGUUGCAGAGGAAACACCAAAGAGCGUGUUUAUACAAUGGCAAGACGUACUCUCAUGGAGACAUAUGGCACCCAGUUUUGGGGAAGGUCCUGGAAUGCAUCCUUUGCACUUGUACUGAUGGCCUCCAGGACUGCAAACGCAUCACGUGUCCCAGCCAGUACCCAUGCCAACAUCCUAUGAAAUCGACAGGAAAGUGCUGCAAGACUUGUCCAGAAAGUAAAGCUGAGAAUAACCAGACCCAGUGUUAUCUUGGAUACAAAAAUAACCUCUUGGUGUAUAAAGUAGAAUCAUCUUUGAAAGUCGACUCACCCAACACAGUUCGGAUCAUUGCUGUUGAAAGACAAAGUACUGCUGAGAUCGAAGUACAAGUAUGGAAGACUGUAGAAGGUGUUUUACAACUAAUGGAAAUCGGUGACGUUCAAAGGAAAGAUAUUAUGGAUCAUCCAGAGAAUUACACAUUACUUACAACACUUGAUGAAGAGACGUGGAGAAGAUUUAAAGAAGAGGGAGAAAAUCUGAAUAAAGCUCCUCAGGCCACAAUUUGUGAAGAAGGAAUCCGGGAGAUGAUGACUUUCCUAAAUCCCAAGCAGACUGAAGGCCUGUGUUCACCCUAGUAGUCACUCUUUAUACCAGUAUUCCCAAUAACCAUACAUUGUUGACAUACAUACUUUAUUCAUACAUUUUGCACUUGGAUGUCCUGCGUCAUUCCUGUAAUACAAGAGGAAUUUCUCAUUUAUAACAUUGUUGUUUCUUGAUUUAUGCAUUGUUUUCCAUCAUGUUUUGAUUAUCACAUAUUUUUUAUUUGUAAAUUAUUAGGUUGCAAAACACAUAACCUGGCCGAUAGUUCCGCCUCCUCCUGUCCUGAACAUUAUUCGAUCUGGUGGAUUUUAUGUACGAGCUCUAAACAAAAUGCAACACAAGGUAAAGGUGAAUGUGAAGUGAAGAGAUGAGAGCUCAGAGCUGGAGACAUCCUCAGUAUCCUGUUAUAAAUCUGGAGGUUUAGACUUUGUUGACACAGUGACGUUAAUAUGUGCUUCUGUUGAAUAACUGAGGGCAUUUUGGGAUCAGUAUUUCUUAAAUGAAUCCUUUGCUUUAACUAUAUGAGAAUCACUUGUAUUUUAGAAUAUGUUGGGCAAGGGGCCACGUUCUGUUCAGAAUGUAAAGGUUUUUUUUUUUUAAUAAGUAUAUUAUAUGAUCAUCAACGUAUUUAUUGUAAAUACAAAGUGAGGUUUUGUCACCUAAUUUAAAGUGUAUUGGUUCUUGUAUGAUUUCUGUGUAUAUACGUACAUUUGACUGUCUGAAUGUUUUUUUGUUUUGCAUGAAGUAGCAACAGGCUGUAGCUGUUUUAUACAUCCACAGGAUCAUAUUCUAAUGUCAUUUUACAAUUUUAAAAUAUUUGUAUUUUAAUGUGGUCAUAGCUGAUGUAGCUGAGUGCACUCUGUACCUCUGCUCACGAUUUUAACCCAUAAACUUUUCACUGUGUUUGACACCA